AUGGAAGAGCUGCAAGAAAAAGAACCAGUAAAAGAUUCAGAAGAAUCAGAAAAAGAAACAAUGGAAAUAACAAAAAAAGUACUAACAGAAGUAAAAAAAGAAGCAGAUAAAGCAACAGAAAAAAAUGCAGAGAAAGAACCAAAAGCAAGGAUAUUGCCCUUAUCAAAGAACUUUGGCAACCUAUUCAAGCCUUUCACAGACCUUGAAAAAAAUAUUGAAAAAAUAUCUGAUGCUGGUUUCGAAGAUAUCAAAGUUAAAACUUCCAAAAGAUCUGUUAGCAUUAAAGAGGAAUUUGAAAAAGUAACUGCAAUUAUUGUUAAAACAAAUAAAAGCUUAAAGAAACCAAAAAUAUUAGAAAAACAAAAAACAUAA